ACGCAUAAGAAAGAGGAGGGAAAGAUAGAGAGGAAGAAGAGUCGAGAGCUCGGCCCCGCCCCUAGCCUAGAGAAUUUGGAGCGUUAUCGGUCAGCAAAUCUCCCUGUCCGUGCUUGAUCCUCCCAGCUCCGCGUGGGUUUCUCUUUCUUGCUUGCUUGAUCGACCAUUGUUUCGCCCGCGCGCUUUGUGGGCGAUUCUAUCUCCGCGCUCUCCGGCUGGAGAUGGGGUCGGAUGGCAAGGGCGAGAAGGACGACAAGAAAAAGGAGGAGAAGAAGCCACAGACCACAGUGCUCAAGCUCCAGUUCCACUGCGACAAUUGCGUGAAGCGAGUCAAGAAAUCGGUGGCGACCCUCAAAGGCGUGACUUCCAUCACUGUGGAUGAGAAAUCCGGCAAGGUGACGGUCGUGGGCCACGUCGAGCCCAAGAAGGUGCUCAAGAGGGUCCAGAAGACAGGCAAGCACGUCGAGAUGCUCGAGCCCAAGGAGAAGAAGGACGACAAGAGCAAGGACGAGAAAUCGAAGAAGGACAAGGGCGACGAUUCGUCAAGCAAGAAGAAGGACGAGGGAGGCUCCAAGAAGGACGACAAGAAAGACGGCGAUGGCGGCAAAUCGUCGGGCAAGAAAGACGAGCACCAGUUGAUGAUCACCAGGAUCGCCCACAACGACUUCACCUACGUUUUCAGCGACGACAAUCCCAACAACAAUUGUAGCAUUAUGAGAGUUCUUCGUCUUGUUUGUUUUGAUCGGAUCGACCUUCUCUUUUUGACCAUAUAUCAAUCAAUCAAAGGCUUGGAGGCGGUCGCGGGUGCCCACCUUGAGGUACUUGUCCUGCUCGUGGCCCAGCUUAUCGUUGAGCUCGUGAGGAAGAAGGUCGGGCUUGGAGACGUGGUAGCGCUUGCACUGCAUGAGGCGGCCUAUGUAGCGGAGCUGCUCGUCGCUGGGGGGGAGCGUCCAAUGGGAUCGGACAAGAAGAAAAAGGAUGGCGAUAAGAAGAAGCCAGAGAUCGAAGUGAAGCCAACAAAGGUCAUAGAGCUCAAGGUGGGACUUCACUGCAAAAAAUGCGUGCAAAAGAUCCUUUCAAGCCUCACCCAAAUGCGAGGUGUUUCGAGGAUCGACACGGACCUGGAGAAGAACAAAGUGACCGUCACGGGAACAGUGGAGGAGAAAGAAAUCGUCAAGAAAAUCGGAAAGCUUGGAAAGAUCGCAGAGCCUUGGAAGGAGAGCUCCAAGUCCAAGUCCGCCGCCGCCUCUGCUGCCGCCGCUGGGCUGAAGUUCACGAUCAAGGAAGAUCAGCCCGGGAUCAAGCUUGUUGUUGUCAAGGACCAGCCCUCAAACUGUGCGCUCAUGUAGAAAUUCUACAAAAGCGACCAAGAAUGUAUGAGCUUGAAAAGGCC